AUGGCUCAAACCCGACGGACGAUCCAAGGAGUCGGCGCAACGUUCCCAGCCAAGCUCUACACUGCUCUUUCGGGGUUGUACUCGGCUUACGAUCCGAAUUGGAGUUAUGCAUACACUGGAAGUACUUCAGGUAUCGGUCGAACCUCCUUGGCUGCUGGUGCCUCCGGGCUGACCUGGGCUGGAUCCGACAACAUCCUCUCCAACACCACCUAUGUCGGACCGGGCAACACCGCUGGCCAGUUCAUACCUGUUCCAUCGGUCAUCAGGCAAGUGUCCGGCAUCGCCAUUGUCUACCAUCUCAACAUCACCAAUCUCACACUGACCCGACAGAACGUUGCCGACAUCUUCACUGGCAAGAUCGCCUUCUGGAACGACUCCAGACUCGCCCAGAACAACCCAGCACUCUUGACCAUCAGCGCCCCGAUCCAGACGAUUGUGCGGAGCGGCCACUCCGGAACAACGUCCAACUUCCAGUACGCACUGAACUCAUUCGACCGUACCCUGCGACUUCCAUCUCCACAAAUGUACCCGAUUGCCUCCUGGGGCAUCGCCAACCCGCCGUUCUACGCCGCAUCGAACACCAUACUCUCGGACGCCAUCCAGGUUGCUCCGUACACGAUCGGAUAUGUCGACUAUGCCGAUGGCUACAAUACACUGGCAUCGCUCGCACCGGGCCAGAGUCUGUAUUCUAUUGCCAGCAUUAUCAACCGAAACGGCGACACCGUGGCGCCUUCGAUUGCGAGUCUGAAUGUGGCCAUUUCAACCCCAAGCACCGCCAACAUCUCGGCCGUCUCUCAUUUCACAAACAACAUCAGCAGCAUCCUCCAGGCAACUUACAUCGAUUCGGCUACGCCAGGCGCCUAUCCGCUGAUGGCCCCGACGUACAUGUUCCUUCGGCAAGACUCCCAGCUCUACAACAUCACCGAGCUGCAGAUGCGAGCCACAUUGCGCUUCUUGUUUUGGAUGGUCUUUGGCGGCACCGAGGCGAACAACUUUGUUCACUUUGGCGACGCCCGCAUCCGCCAGUUUGCAUUUGAUGCCCUCAAGCUCGUCACACACAAUGGAAAGGCUCUCUACGAUCCUGCGUCGCCCUGUAAUCCGUAUUUUGAUGCCAACGGGACCUACAUCAGCGCCAAUUCGUGCAAGAACGGAUAUUGCAUCGUCGACGGACCCUUCCAGGACUCGUCCGUAAUCCAGUGCGUCUGCGACGUUGGAUACUACAACAACCAAAGACUGGACUGCUCUGAGCCAGCCUCGCCAUUUGCCGUCUUGGUGACUGGCGACUACUCUGGCAAUGCCGCUGUCGUGGCCUUGUUUACGGUCACCUUAGUCAUCAACUUUGGGAUCUUUGCCCUGUUGGUGCUGUGGAGAAACAAGGCCAACAUCAAGGCCAUCUCGCCCAACUGCUGCUACAUCAUCAUGGUUGGAUCAAUUAUCGGCCAGCUCGGCGCCCUCUUCUAUUCGGCUCAACCAAGCAGCGUUGUGUGCUCCAGCCGGGUGUUCUUCCCGGUCGUGGCAUUCUCCUCCGUAUUCAGCAUGCUGCUGAUGAAGUCCUUGCGCAUAUACAUGAUCUUCGGCAACAAGCGCAUGCGUGUCUUCAAGACCCCAGACUGGAAACUCAUCCUCGGCACAGCGAUCAUCGUGGCCAUCGAGAUCAUCAUCUGCAUUGCUUGGAUGGCCGUCGAGAAUCCAAUGGCUCAGAUCGUGGGUACAUCCUAUUCCUUGGUGUGCUCGGCCACGUCGGGUCCCACCGUGGUGCCCGAGAUCCUGCUCUACGUCAUGAACGGGCUCGUCAUGAUCGGAUGCGUUGCUGUCGCCUUCCUCACACGGGGAGCCCACAAGCGCUUCCAAGAGUCCAAGGUCAUCGGCAUCUGCGUCUACAUGGUAUUUGUCACGCUCCUGCUGUGUUUGCCGAUCCUGUAUAUCCUCUCCGGUAGUGUCAACUCCGAUGCCCUCUUCACUGUCGGCCGAGUGAUGCUUGGAUGCGUCAUCGUGGUGAUUUCGUCCCUGGUUCCGAUCAUCCUCUUUGGGGUGAGACUUGUCCAAACCUUCCACAACGAACGAAGCGAGGUCGACAAGCCAUCGCAAAACUCGGCGCCAACCGACAACAAUCGUUCUGCAAUCUCAAGCCAGGGCAUGGUGGCAGCCAACGUCCUCGCCUAUGCAUACGACUGCGGUCUGCAGGGGCUCAAGUUUGGCGGUGCCUGGGUGUCUUCGAACGUGCUGGUGUUCACGACCUUGGACCUGAUCGAGUUUCGAGAGGCCGAUGCGGACGGAACCAUCCAGGCGAGCUUCCGCUUCUCAUCGUGUGAGUGCGAGCCUUGUCAACUGGCAGAGAACUCGGACUCGGAGAAGGCCCUGGCUCGCAGUGUCCGGCUCCGACGCAACAAGAUGGUGUACACACUCGAGUUUGGCUCCAAAGAAACGGCCCAGAUGUUUCUGGAAAACUAUGCCGAAGUCAAGUCCCGAUCCGGGGCACAUUCGGUGCUCAAGGCCAAGACAACGGCCGCGGGGCUGCAAAGGCCAGGAUCUUCCAAGCGCGACAACACCGUCUUUGCGAUGCUCGACAAGCUGGCGGUCAGCACGAACAACAACCAGUCGAUGGCCAGCUUUACAAAGAGUGCUCCGAACCAAAGUCAGUUUGACGCACCUUCAGGGGCUCUUCAAAACGAGUCCGGGAACCCCCAGCCUUGA